AAAAAACCUCAUUUUUAACUGCAGAAUUAUGUAUAUUUUUAUUUUUUUGUAGAUAAAUGUUGAAAUGUCCUCCCUAGUAGCUCCAGCAGUUGGUCAGCAAUGGCAUUGUGUGUGUGUGUGUGUGUGUGUGUGUGCGUGUGUGUGUGUGUGUGUGUGUGUGUGUGUGUGUGUGAUGGUUAAUCUGUUGUUCAUCUCUGCGGACUUUCACCUGAACACUCACUAUCCCUCGUCUCUCUCUGUUCAGUAUUCCAUGCUUGAUCGUGAAAGAGCUGCAGGUGAAAUGGAAGACCGUCAGGAUCAUGACUACGUGGCAGAGGAGCGGGGCCACAAGCUGGACGGGGUUGACCUGCCAAUGGGAGAGGACAGAAAAAAUAAACAGCCAAUAACAGCGCUGAAGGCGGGGUCAGACAUGAUCUACACCAUCGAAGACGUCCCACCCUGGUACCUGUGCAUCCUACUGGGACUGCAGCACUACCUGACAUGCUUCAGCGGGACUGUAGCCGUGCCGUUCCUUCUGGCUGAGUCCAUGUGUGUCGGUCGAGACCAGAACACCAUCAGUCAGCUCAUUGGAACUAUUUUCACCACUGUUGGAUUCACAACUCUGAUCCAGACCACCGUGGGCGUCAGACUUCCUCUGUUUCAGGCCAGUGCCUUUGCUUUCCUGAUUCCUGCACAAGCCAUCCUCAGUCUGGACCGCUGGAGGUGUCCCAGCGAGGAGGAGAUUUAUGGGAACUGGAGUCUUCCACUCGACACCUCACACAUCUGGCAGCCACGCAUCAGAGAGAUCCAGGGGGCCAUCAUCGUUUCCAGUCUUGUCGAGCUCGUGAUUGGUCUGUGCGGGUUGCCAGGUUUGCUGCUGGAGUACAUCGGCCCGCUCACCAUCACUCCAACUGUCUCUCUGAUCGGCCUGUCUGUGUUCAGCACAGCCGGAGACCGAGCCGGGUCUCACUGGGGCCUGUCGGCGCUGUGUAUUUUGCUCAUUGUGCUGUUUGCGCAGUACCUGAGAGGCACAUCACUUCCUGUUCCUGUUUACAGCAGGAGGAAAGGACUGACCUCCACCAGAGUCCAGAUCUUCAAAAUGUUCCCUAUCAUCCUCGCCAUCAUGCUGGUUUGGCUCAUUAGCUACAUUUUCACUCUGACCAACCUGUUGCCGAGCGACCCCAAUCGCUAUGGACACAAGGCCCGAACAGACGCCCGUGGUGACAUAAUGGGUUCAUCGCCCUGGUUCAGAAUCCCCUACCCCUGCCAGUGGGGGUUGCCAGUGGUAACUGUUGCCGGGGUGCUGGGAAUGUUGAGCGCCACCAUGGCAGGUAUUGUGGAGUCCAUUGGCGAUUAUUACGCCUGCGCACGUCUGUCUGGAGCCCCACCCCCUCCGGUGCAUGCAAUCAACAGGGGAAUCUUCACUGAGGGCGUCUGCUGCAUUAUUGCUGGUCUUUUAGGAACAGGAAAUGGCUCCACCUCCUCCAGUCCAAAUAUAGGUGUUCUGGGCAUCACCAAGGUGGGCAGCAGACGGGUGGUGCAGUAUGGCGCAGGCAUCAUGUUCCUGUUGGGAUCAGUCGGGAAGUUCACUGCUCUGUUCGCCUCACUGCCGGAUCCGAUCCUCGGAGGAAUGUUCUGCACACUGUUUGGCAUGAUCACUGCUGUUGGACUGUCUAACCUGCAGCUGGUGGAUCUGAACUCGUCCAGAAAUCUUUUUGUUCUUGGUUUCUCAAUGUUCUUUGGUCUGACUCUGCCGACAUACCUUGAUGCCCACCCCAACUCCAUCAACACAGGCCUGGCAGAACUGGAUCAGAUCCUGACGGUGCUUCUGUCCACUGAGAUGUUUGUUGGAGGUUUUCUGGCUUUUUGUCUCGACAACACAAUACCUGGUUCCAGACAAGAGCGAGGUUUAGUCCAGUGGAAAUCUUCCUCCUCCUCCUCCUCCUCUUCCUCCUAUGAUCUUCCUCUGGGGAUGGGUGUGAUCAGGAGGACUCGCUGGCUCAGAUGGUUCCCCAUCAGCCCCUCUUUCAGAGGUUUCCGGGAGUCUGACAGCCCACCGCCCAAACUGGAAGUGGAGGAGGAAGCUGCUGACAGCAACCUGCCAAGUACCAAGGUGUGACUGAGCGGGAAUCAGACUUGUCAUUGAACUUUAGUGAAAUGAAACCCACAGUCGUGUCAGAGACGCGCUCACUAACAAUCGAGAUGAGCUGGACAAAGCGUUUGUGUGUCUGAGUUUAAUUCAUGUGUGGCGCUGAUGAUGUCAGCGUGACGUGUUUCAGGUCUCAUUCAUGUUUCUCAUAGACGAUGUCAGAGGUUGGAUCAAUAUGAAACUCUCCUGGUUGGAUCAUCAGAACAAAAGAUAAACACUAGUGUUAGUCAGAGUCAAAGCUGGACAGAAAAUGGAAGGACAGAAGUCAGAGAAAAAAAUCUGUGGCUUAAAUUAAUUCACUUCCAGCCAAUGACCACAUUACAGCUCUGACCGGCUUCUUCUCCGUGGCAGCAGGGGCUCAUGGGUAUUUCAAACGUAUGUGAUUGUUUCAUCGUCAGAGACCUUCAGAAGUUCCCUUAAAGAAACAUUUAAAACAGAAUGAGGAUAAAGCAGCAGCUCUGGAAACCCCAGGAAACUGUUCAAGAAAAUGAGAAACGUGUUUUUACAUUUCAUUCAUUUUUUAUUAACAUCAAAAAAUAAAUAGCAUUUUUAUUAUUACACAUGUAAGAGAGAACACUGUAAAAAACACUUUGUGGCAGAAAAUUGUGCAAAAAGUGAGAAAACUUUUUUUUACAUGAAUGACAGCAGCACAUUUAUACGUAUUUCAGGCAGUGUUACAUGUUUAGAAAUAAUUGUGUUCAUAAGUGAGACAGAAAAUCAAAAGGAAAACUAAAACAAUACAACUAUUAAUAACAACAACUGCGUUUAUGAAUCAUCUUUUAGUUGACACAAAGAUGUUUUAAAUUAAAAUAGAAGUGAAAUUAGUUUCAUGAAGCUUAAAUCUUGAAAUCAAACAUUUUGACUUCAAUAAAUUCUGGUAGUAAAUCUUAAAGACCCUUAAGUUCAGUACAGUCAGUGCAGUUUUUCUGCCAGAAAAAAACAGAAAACAAACCUGGUUCCCAGUACAGAAACCUGUGGAACACCAAAUUAACAGUAUUUGUAUUUUUAAAAUGUGUGUCAUAAUUCAAGAAUGACCAUCAUGAAUUCAAAUCCUAAUUAAAAUGUUCAUUUUUAUGACAA